AUGGCGUUCAAAAUACAGUCUCAAAUCAUCUCCCCGCGACGUUGCAAGACCGGGCUGAAAUUUAUGGAGCCACCACCAGCUCCUCCUGCACGGGGAAAGGGAAAACGCGGCAGAGGAGGUAAAGAUAGAGCUACUACUUCUCCUACUAUCUCUAUCAGCUGGCAAGCGGUUCCCCAGCGGACCAAUAGGCUGGUUGACUACCUCGUUGGACACCCACCAGAUUGCCACAUUCUGUUCGCCAGUGAAAAGAAGAAUCCAGCCAACCGUGAAGCUGAGGGCUGCCCCUCAGGCAAAGACAAAAACGAAAUCCAUGCUGUCAUUGCAAGGGUUAUUUUCUCCGAUGAUCCUCAAUACGCGGUGCUCUAUGCCUCGAAUCCCAACAAAUUUCGGGACUCUGUAUAUAAUCACAUCAUGGCGCAUCGUGCCCAUCGAUUCAGAGACAAGCGUGAAUUUGCAUUGUGA